CAUUCCGCUUUAUUUGAAAUGACCUACUCAAGAGAAAAUGUAUUGCCCCACGAAGCGAACAGGUAUCGUUCAUGUACGUUUGGCCGGCGCUCUAGAGAUUUAUUAAAUGUGUCUUCGCAGAGUUGGGGCGACCUUAAAGGCCACCGUACUGUGGAUGACAUCACUGUUUACAACAAGGCUUUCAUUUUCUGUGUCGAGGUAAUUCUUGGUGCAAUAGCUAACUUGCUAGCUUCCCGUUAUCUUAACAGAAUAUGAUGUAUGCCGUUAUGAGCGACAAAUGAAACGACUCUCCGAAUUAUAUUCCCUGUUUCCUUGAUUUGAUGUGGAACAUUAACCUUUAAGACAUUAACCUCUACGUUAAGGCGAGCUUGCCAGGUAACUAACGUAGCUAGAGGUUGGUUAGCUAUCAUACUAUUGACCAUGAAGAAUGAAUAACCUUAUCUACUGUUAGCCCAUUAUCUAGGUAGAUUGAGCUUUGCCGGUACAUGUACAGUGUUUUUCUCUUUUUGUGAACUUAUUUAACGUUAAUUUUCUCUAGUGCUUGUAUUGAUGCGAGUCCAGUGCUUAAGCGGUCACUGAGACCUGUGCAGAGUGACUUAGGCCGUACAAUUCGUUUCUGAAGAUUUGACGUUAGGUAAGGUUAUGUGAUGACGGGGUAUUUAAGGAAUGGACUGGUUUGACGAGUCCUGUUUGUUUCCUUCUGGAUAUUAAUACCUACGUAUUCAGACUACACCUUCAGCGGAGUUACGGGUGAAAUUAGUCACUCCGUGUAAAAGUUAAAGUGUUCUCUUGCACAGAAAGAUAAAACAUGUCGGAAGCAGUCAUAAUCACUUUUCAGACUCAGUUGUCCAAUGUCUUGGAGACCAUCCUUAAAUCUGCUAUGUACGAGAUCACCAGGCUGGUAGAGGACAGCCUACUAGAGGAAGUGGGCCACGGAAAGCAAGAGGUGGAGGUGUUGCGGAGAAGACUGCAGCUGUCUGAGCUCAAACUCAAGGAGAGAGAAUGUGAAAAGAGCAGGAGAGGGAAAUGUACAGACUGUGGAAGGAGCGUCAUGCCUAAUGAUGAAUCACAACAUGGUGGAGAGGAAGGCCAUGUUAUGAAGCAGGAGGAUGGUCCACCUGGAAAAUGGAGCAGCUGUGGAAGGGAAGCCUCAGAGGCAGAACAUGAAAUCCUUUCAUCUGGCUCUGACAGGGAAUUCAAGGUCAUAGAAUUGGAUGUCGUCCAACCUGCUGACCUUGUGAAGAAAGAAGUUAUCACAGAUCCAUCAACGUCACAGGAUACUGAGCCGCGCAUAGUCCACAGCUUCUCAGGAGACCAUCAAAAAGCUCAGAGGGAGAGUUUCGGUGUUUUGAGUGACUGUCUGCUCUCUGAGCCAGUAACCAAGCAGCUAGAUAUGAAAAACCGUAAGAGUGGACAAAGUAAUCAGGAUGAAGGACCCUCCAGGAAUCACCCCAUUAGAACACAAACUGGACCAGAUUUCAAAUCAGACCAUACAAAACCUUCUUCUUCUCAGCACCAAUCAGCCAGCAGCCCACAGUCCUCCACAGAUUCCCUCAAUACCAGGCAUCAUACUGGGGCUACAGACUCUGUAUUAGUAAAGCAGGAGGUAGUAGUUGUUUAUCCACAAUGGAGAGAGGAGGACACACCCAGGGAGAAUGUGGUGCUAAGUCCUUCUAAAGUAAAUAGGUCAAGGGUGGACAUUGCACCCCAGACCUCCCCAAGCUGCCCCCAGGCAGAGGGGGUGAUGAAGAUUCCUCAGCCUCAACCCAUGGAACGCCAUGAGCCAGUCAGAAAACACAACCCAGCUCUAGCGCAGCCCAUUGGUGUGACAUCCUCAAACCUGGCCUCUGGGGACGUGGACAGAAAUGCUUCUUUUUACAAGAGCUCUGCCACAAGGCCCACCCAGCUUCAUCACCAUCAGAGAGUUUACACUGGUGGGAGAAGAAUUGGCUCCAUCCACUUGGGCAGGGGUUACGCACAGAUGGCGGGCAUCAAAACACACCUGAGCCACCAUGCUGCCAAAGCACCUCAUAGCUGCAACCAGUGUGGGAAAGGCUUCUCUCACCUGAGCCACCUGAGAGCGCACCAGCAGACCCAUACGGGCGAGAGGCCCUUCUGUUGUGCUCUGUGCGGCAGGAGCUUCACCAAACUGAGCAACCUGAAGGCGCACUGUAGGGUGCACACAGGGGAAAGGCCUUACAUUUGCUCAGACUGUGGGAAACGCUUCACCCAGAAGUGCAAUCUGAAGAGGCAUCAGAGAAUCCACACUGCUCAUCUAUGACAGUUUGGGCUUUAGCAGAGGUGGAAAGUUUAGACUCAGAAAGUAAAUGUCAUAUAUGUCAUAUCUCCCAUACGGGUCAUUCCAUGUGAAAUCAACAGAGGCCUCCUGACUACAACUCAGCUACCGACUUCAUAUUUUGUGCAUUUUCUAAUUAAAACUGCUCUUUCCAGUGGUAUGAUUGUUUUUAUGGCAGACUUUGUCAUACAUUGGGCAAUAUGGACUUUGAAAUAUAGUUAUGAAAUUAUAAUACAUUUAAAUUAUUUUCAGACAUGCACAUAGUUGCUAAGAAAGUUGCUAAGAAAGUAUAAUAUAUCAAAAUUUGAAAGAUAUAAUGUGGGUCAGUGUGAAGAGAUAACGGGCAAAAGUUGCUCCAAAGCAAGAAAUAUUUUUGUAUACAAUUUUCAGCAGGCCAUAACCUGGCAAAUAUGCAGCUGUGAACCAGCUAUUCUAGAGGUUAAAAGACCUCUAAUGGUGGAAAUGUAAUUUAAUUCAAAAGUUGUUUUUUAAAGCCUCCAUAUCUCAGAAACUAAAGAUACCAAAAGAAUCCAAAAUUGUUGGACAUUAGUUGUUGGGUAUAAUGACAUAAUUUACAUAAAGUAUGAAGCAAAUCAGAUAUGGUCAGUCUGGAAUUUUCUUCUAAAAUCUGUUGAUUUGACAUGGAAUUACCCCAACAUUAUUUACUACGAAAGCAGGUUUCUCUCAUUACCUCUACCUCUAUGUCUUGGGGAUGACUCCACAUGAAGUGUUGUUAUGCACUUUUGUUCAGAUAUUUGAUUUUGAUGUUAACUAUUCAAUCACGGUGGUAGUGGAUGAUGGAUGGAUGGAUGAAUAGUGAGUGUUGAAGCAAUAAAUAUUAAUAUUGAUUUUUAAGUAUUUAUAGUAUAUUUUAUGUUUGUUUAUGUUAUGUUACAUGAGCAGUAUUUUCACAUUGUAUUUGUUUUUCCUCAAUUGUUUUGUUACCCUCUGAAACAGUAUUUACUCUAUAAAACUGCAUAUGCAUUUCUCCAAAGAGUGUAUGACACAGCCCAGCACAAUAGUUCACCAGCAGAGUGACACUACACUGCAUUGUCCUUUCAGCAUGGUUAGACAGAUAUUGGCAGUAUGGCUGAAUGUGUUCUUCAUUCCUCAGUUGUUGUGUUAUGAUCUUUUCCCCAGGCACAAUUAUUGUAUCAUUAGCUGUAUACUAGUAGAUGCAGAAUUUUGAACAAUCACAUACUUCGGAGUAAGUUAGAAACAGAACUGCUUGCAAGAGAUUGGACAGCACUUUCAAUUAUAUGCAACUCGUUUAGAAACAUCCAUACUGUGGUCGCACAGCAAAGUACAGUAGAUGGAAAACCCAGAAAAGCUAUACUGUAUCAAAACUGUGAAACUCCCCUUGGUAACUGAAAUCAUUGGUUGUCCUGAUAAACAGUCAAACACACAUCACAAAAGGCACCAUGUAAAUGCAAUACAAUACAUGUACAAACAGAACAAACAAAGAACCAUCACAAUCCAUUUUGAUCAACAAGACUUCUGCACUUAACAAUUUAGCCAGUUGUAGACCGUACAACUUAACUUACUUUUUUGGACAUUAUCAUUCACCGUCUGAUGAAGCAGUAAGGGAAAAUGUAUGUAAUAGAUUUAAUUCAUUUGCAUUUUUAAAAAUGGUAGCCGGGAGUAUUUUCAAACAAUAGUAACAUUAUUACAGUAGUUGUAUUAUAAUGUCUUGUUCAUUGACAUUAAUGCCCUAGGUCGAAACAGUACCUAGUAUUUAGCAUCACUUCUCUUAUACCAAUAGCAAAGGACCAUUUUCUCUUUUUGAAGACAUGUCUUAGCUUUCAUUGUUGUCCUCACCUCCAUUACAUGACUCCACACUAUUCAUACCCAUUUGUGUAAUAGUAAUGAGCUAGUUUUUAUUUUAAACAAAAUGCUACAUAUUUGGAUAUCCCAUGACAAAACAAGGUGCAAUAUUUCUCAUUAAAUGUGCUGAAAUGGUUUUCUUUCUU